AUGUACCUCAAGCAGUCCCUCAUGAUUGGAGGACUAUUCUUUGCCCACCAAAUUACAACAAUAGGAGCGAAGGCAGUCAAAGCUCAAAUAGAGCAAAACUACUGCAACCAGGGGCAUUCCCAGAGACAGGAGCGCGGGGACAUCGGACUUUGCAACCUGGGGACUCUUCCAGUCAAUGGCGUGCCAGGGCCCUCCCAUGUCCAGCACCCAGGGCCUGCAACAGGCGGUGGUGCCCCCAGGGACCUGCCAGAGGCAGUGGCGUCCUCAGAGGGCUGCCAGGCAGUGGCACUAGGAGCACUGCCAGUGGUGCUGGCGCCCAUAAGUUCUCUCCUGGACAGUGGCCUUCCGGGGCCUCCCAGAAGCGCAGCACUCCUAGAGCUUGGCCAAGAGCAGUGGCUUCCCAGGGGCUCUGCCAGCGACAGCGGCGCUCACAUAGGCUCUCCCAAGGACACUGGUGCUCCCAGGGUCUUGCCAGGGACGGUGGAGAACCCAGGGGCCCUCCCAGGGACAGCGUUGCACCCAGGGGCCCUCUCCGGGAUGGUAGCCAGGGAGAGCAGAGCUCCCAGGGCUGGCGCCGACCCCAGGGACCGUACCAAGGGUCCCGGUGGGCCCUACGACAUGCUUAACCGUCGUGUCAUACACUCUCUAAAUAGUGCAAAAACUACUGCAAACGGGGGUCGUCCCAGAGACGGGAGCGCUUGCAGGGACCCUCCCAGGGGCUGCGGCACCCUGGGGACUCUUCCAGUGACAGCGGCGUCCCAGGAGUCGUCUGAGGGACAUCGGCGCAUCCAGGUGCCCUUCAAUGGCGGUGGCGCCCCAAGGGGCCUUGCCAGAGACGAUAGCGCCAUCAGGGACACUCACAGGGCCAUCGAGACGGUGGGGAACUCAGAGGCCUUGCCAGGGGCGCUGGCGCCACAAGGGGCUCUCCCUGCGACUUCGGUGCGCCCAGGGGCCCUUCUAGGGAUGGCAGCACCCUCAGGGGCCUUUCCACAAACGCCGGCGCUCCCAGGCACCUUGCCAGGGGCAGUGGCACUCCCAGGGGUUCUCCCCGCGACAACGGUGCUCCCAGGGGACUUAGAAGGGACAGCGGUGCCCCAGGGUCCCUUGAGGCUCAGCGACGCUCCCAGGGACCCUCUCAGGGACGGAAGCGCCUCCAUGGGCCCUGCCAGAGUCGUUGGCUCCCCUAAGGGCCCUGCUAGGGGUACUGCCACCCCCCCUCCCCCAAAGGGGCUCUCUGAGGGUCAUCGGCACUCACAGGAGCCCUCCCAGAGACAGCGGUGCUCCCAGGAACCCUGCCAGGGACGGCGGCGCUCCCCGGGGCUCUCUCUGGGACAGCAGCGCUCCCAGCGACCCUCUCAGGAGAGGUGGCGUCCACUGGGGCCAUGUCAUGGACAGCGGAGUUCCCAGGGAACCUCCCAGGGGAAACGCCGACCCCAGAAAUCGAACCAAGUGUCCCCAGGAGCCCUAUGGCAAGAUUGUCCAUAG